GAAGCAUUCACUCUUCUUCUUCUUCUUCCUCCUGCAAGAAACGCCGCCCAGCAUUGCGAUCGCGCCGCCUCCGUUCUCGCCGGAUUCGCUCCGCCGUGCACGGCUUCCCCGAAGUGGGCCUCUCGCGAGGGCGACUCCGGUAGAAAGCGACGACCUUUUUCUCUUCCCAUUGCGGUUGUCUGCGGUGGUUUCGCCGGGUCGGUUUGUCGCCUCCUACUCUUUUUUCGAUCGAUUUGGGACGUCCAAUCGGUAAAGUUUCGAUUUUUCCUUACUGGGUAUCUUGAAAAGAUGAGCUGCCGCCGAGUGAUUGGCGCUUGCGUUUGGUUUCUCACCGGAUGAGGACGUGAAGGGGAUCAUCUCGAGGAGCUAUAUAUGUUCUAUGCUGGUGGUUUCGAUCGGUGCAUUUGUUUGAAUUUUUCGUGCUGCUUCAGGAUUGCGUGAUCAUCGCCGCGGCUGGUUGGUUAUCCCUAAUUUGAUAGUGGGCAUUGAUAUAGGGAGGCUUCUCCUCAAUCUCCAGGGCUUUUUUUCAUGUUGGGGGUAUCUCGAUAGUGAAGUAUUGCAUUGUGUUAUUUCGUUGUGAGGGUAAUGAGAAGCAAGUCCCUCUCUUUAAUGGGUGAUUUACGUAUCUAUGCCUCCAGAGAGAGAAGGUUUUGGCCCUGAGGGUGGAAAAGCUCUCUCUUUUUUUUUUUUUCCUUCAGGUUCAUGGAAAUAUUUGAGUCUAGUAACUUAUUGGUGAGGACUGAGGCGAAAAGGAAAAUCAGUCUGGUUGAAUUUGGGUAGCUUCGUCCUCCGUGGAAGGGAAACCCUGAAAUGGACUUCUGGGUAUUUGUUGCCGCGGCUGGGGCCGGAUGCUUGACAAAGUAUUUGAAGAACCCUACGAAUGAUAGGGAAAUGCCGUCAGACCUUUGUUCCGGCUACCAGGACCCCGAAUCUGAGAAGUUUCCCUUUCCCAGAUUGGCGCGGAGAAAGAAAUUUACUAGGGAUGCUUCUAAUUCUAUGGAAAGGUUAGAAUUUGUGGGCAGAGAAAGUUUAGAUACUUCUUCUGCUGCAGAAGAGGCUUCCAGAUCGAGGGUAUAUGAUCCAAAAGGUGAGGGAAAUUCGGAGGAGUGCAAUGUGCUCUCUAUAUCAACUUUGCCUACUGAGAUGUCAAGUAGUAGGACCUAUACAGGGAAUGAGAAUGAGAGUGAUGCUGGUUGUAGUGCCUGUAGUGGCUCAAAUGAUAUGUUGGCUGGACCAUUUGAAGGAGAUAUCGUUACAUAUCGUGGCUUUCCUAAGAAUAAAAACCUUCAUAGAAGUAGCUAUACGUGCGGGCGGCUUGUUAAGCCAUUGAGUUCCUUGGAAAGUUGCCUCAUGGCUCAGUUAUACAACCAUCACGCUGAAAUGGAAGAUUAUUGGCAUAGUUCCCGUCAGUCACCAACCUGUCCCACUGUAAGGCCAUUGCUGGUCACUGAUGGGAGCCACAUCAUCAGCCAACUCAGUGAUGGGUUUUCUGGAGUGCAGUCUGUAACGGAGGUAGAUAAAUUACAGAAGAAAGCCAACUCAGAAAAAAACAGAAGCGUGAUUGGUGUCCCCCCGCUGCCAACACUCGCCUCUUUGCAUUUCAGGAAGCAAAUGCAAAGUAAAUCGGGGAAAGACAAGAGGUUGGGAGGCUCUAUCAGAAUGUUUACCAGGAAAAGACUUUCUACUGAACAUGGGUCAUUGCAUGGGACCAUUCUCUUCUGUCUUGGAAUUUCUAUUGGAAUGAUGUCUUCCAUUAUAGCAAAUCGAAAGGAAGUAGACAAAUUGAAGGAGUUGUUGAAGCAAACAGAGAACUUGGUUCAAGACCUACACGAGGAACUCGAGAUGAAAGAUUCGCUUACUGUGAAGGAACUAGCUAGUGAGAAUUGUGAAUCUCAGGAUACACAUAAUGACUCCUUACGGGACACUGCUCCAACCCCAUUUUCCCUUGAACACUCUGUGAUCGAUCGAAGAGUUUUUACUAAAGAAUCAUAUAGUCCUAAGGUAGGAGAGACUCCAGAUAGUAUGAGUAAGAUUGAAGCUGAGCUUGAAGCUGAACUUGAGAGGCUGGGGCUGAACAUGAGCGCAUCUAGAUUGGAAAGGAGAUUGCCGUCUGCUGAGAUUGAGGACUUGGGGGCGAAUUUUGCCCAAGGUGAGUUGAGAACCGGUGUUGAUUGUGGACAACUUGUUGCAAAAGAGGACGCAAAUAAAUCAAGCGGCACCUCUACAACUCACACUGCAAACUAUGCAGUUUCACCAACAGAGCUGACGCUUCGCUUGCAUGAAGUUAUCCAGUCGAGACUUGAAAAGCGCAUUCAGGAGCUUGAGUUAGCCCUAGAGAACAGCCAGAGGAAGGUACGAGUCAUGGAAUCGGCGCACAAAAGUUACAGAAGCCAGAAGUUCAUCAAUGACAAACUAGCUUGCUCUUUCCAUGGUACUCCUGUACAUGGAGAGUGCAAUGCCGUGGCGCUGCCCCAGCCUCUUAUCAUGAACCUAGCGGGGGAAGCUCUCAGUGCUUAUGACGAGGCUUAUGAAGAAUUAAUGAAGUUUGAUUCAUCUGAAGAGGAUUCGCCGACGGUCCUCUAUGAGAUCAAGCAUCGAGAGCUCUCUAAGAUUAUAAACCAGGACGAGCUCCUGGGUCAGGACACUGAGGAGAAUGGAUUCAUUCAUAAGCUUAUGCUAAAUGGACAGGACGAAUCUGGGGAACUUUUCUCUCGCGAAGUGAAGGCAACGAAUGGACAUUUUUCAAGGUACCAGGAAAUCGACAGUUUUGGGAUGGUGGGAGAUGAGAGCAGCGAUGCCGAUGACGAGAAAGAGAAGCUAUUAAUAAGACAGAUAGUGGAAAGGACGAAGAAAGGCUCCCCCGUCGUAUUGAAGGCGCAAACGCUGUUGUUUUCGGAUGACAACGAUGACUAAUGAAGCAGAGUUCAUUUCUUCAGUGCAUAGCAAUCGAUCAUAUGUAGGGAUAGCACAUUUUCAUGCGGUAGCUCUUUUUAAGUUUAAUUCAUCCUGCCA